AUGAUAUAUGAUCCGGUCACAGAGUCCCAGCGUGGUGUUUCUACAGUCUUUCAGCUCCAUGCAUCACAGCCAGCUGCUGCCUUAUCGGACAAGGAGGAGGGGCGUCGGAGCGGAUGGACACUCCCUCACGAGCUGAGUGACACUGACGAGGUUUUGAUAGUGGACGUGGUUAAGAAACUGGGCAGCAGCACGGGACGAUUCGCCAACGCCACCUUGGUGCGCCUGUCGGACUUCCUGAGUGCGGGGUACAAGAAAGGAGUGAGACCGGUGAAAGACUGGAGGACGUCCACCAUAGUGGCCAUAGACCUCAUGGUUUACUCUAUCCUCAACGUGGAUGAGAAGAACCAGGUUUUGACGACAUACGUGUGGUACAGACAAUCGUGGACGGAUGAAUUCCUGGUCUGGAACCCGGAAGACUUUGAUGAAGUCAAACAGGUUUCCAUUCCCACUGCCAACGUGUGGGUGCCGGACAUCCUCAUCAACGAGUUUGUGGAUGUGGGCAAGUCUCCGGACAUCCCUUAUGUCUACGUGACACAUGACGGGCUGGUGCGCAACUAUAAGCCCAUCCAGGUUGUCACAGCCUGCACCCUCAACAUCUACAACUUCCCCUUCGAUGUGCAGAAAUGUAGCCUCACCUUCCAGAGCUGGCUGCACACCAUUGAUGACAUCAACAUCACCCUGAUGCGAAGCCCCGAGGAGCUCAGGGAGGACAAGAGCGUCUUCAUGAACCAGGGAGAGUGGGAGCUGCUCCACAUACUGUCCAACUACAAGAGCUUCAGCGUGGACGACGACGACUACUACGCCGAGAUGAAGUUCCACGUGGUGAUCCGGCGGCGGCCGCUGUUCUACACUGUGAACCUGCUGCUGCCCAGUAUCUUCCUGAUGGUGAUGGACAUCGUUGGUUUCUAUCUGCCACCAGACAGCGGAGAGAGGGUUUCCUUCAAGAUCACUCUGCUGCUGGGAUACUCCGUCUUCCUCAUCAUUGUUUCUGACACUCUGCCCGCCACGGCCAUAGGAACGCCGCUGAUAGGUGUGUACUUCGUGGUUUGCAUGGCCCUCCUGGUGAUCAGUCUGACGGAGACCGUGCUGAUUGUGCGUCUGGUCCACAAGCAGGACCUGCAGCCCCCCGUCCCCCACUGGGUAAAGUACCUGGUGCUGGAGAGAGCUCCGGUCCUCUUCUGCAUCCACAAGAAGCACCGCCUCUGCUCCAGACUGUCGUCCGAGGCCUCCGACCUGGAGCACUACAAGGACAACAGCUAUGGGACUGCCCAGUGCACCCUCCACCACACCUGCGAGAUCGGUCAACGGCACGACAGAGAAGCCGGGCUGCUCGGACUCGGCCUGCCCCCCUCCAGGGACCCCACGCCGCCCGUCAUGGACAACAUCCUGCAUGAGGUGACAGCGAUACGCCACUUCCUGGAGAAGAGGGACAGGUGCCGGGAGGUGGCCAAGGAGUGGCUGCAGGUCGGCUACGUGCUGGACGUGCUGCUCUUCAGAGUCUACUUGGUUGCCAUGGUGGCCUACAGCAUCACCCUGGGCACGCUGUGGUCAGUGUGGCAGGUCGCCUGA